GAAUGAAAAAAUCCUAAAAAUAAAAUUUUAAGAUGAUAUGAAGAUGAAAAGAAGUUGAUGUUGGAUUUUUGUUUGGUGUUGUUGCAGGAAACGUCCGAUUCGCCUCACGGCUUAGGCGGUAUUGCCAAUGCGGGCGGUGGUAGUGGGUCUGGUGGUGGCGGCGGCCUGGCGGGCUCCUCCUCCGCCACAACUGGUAACACUGCCUCUAGCUAUGUCCAUGAACAACCACAAACGCCACCACCUUACACCUGCGUUUACUGUGGUGCGGGUUUCCCCAACCAAAAUAAACUAACGCGCCAUAUACUAUCGCACUCUCUGAAAACUCUGGAAUACCGUGAAACCGCCACGCAUGCUCUUCUACACCCGCACCUAUUGGCCCAUGAUCUUAAUAUGUCACCGCUGGCGUAUCAAAUGAACGCCGCCAUGGCUAGUGCCAGCGGUGAUGCCCAAGAUCAGGCGGCUGCUGUGGCAGCAGCCGUUGCCAUGGAUAUGGAUUUUGCCGCGGCAAUAGCGGCGGCCGGUGGUUGCCCAUUUCCCACGCUGGCUAGCUGUACGGCACGUGGCCUGGAUCUCGAUGGCAGUGGUGGUGUCGGCGGAGGCUCUGGUUCCAGUCGAGGCGGCCGUGAUGGUGGUGGCAAUUCAUCAGCCUCGGGUAAUGGCGGUUGUCCCAGCAGCAGUUUGUCUUUAUUAAGUGGCGCUGGUUCGUCUACAUCGGCCGCUGCUGCUGCGGCAGCUGCUGCAGCAGCAGCCAGUUCGUCAGCAUCGUCCAAUGAUCCGAAUAGUGUUGUUUUGUGUAAGUUCUGUGGUAAAAGUUUUCCCGAUGUUACCUCACUUAUCACCCAUUUGCCGAUACAUACAGGUGAUCGACCGUUUAAGUGUGAAUUUUGUGGUAAAGCGUUUAAACUGCGUCAUCACAUGAAAGAUCAUUGUCGUGUACAUACAGGUGAACGUCCAUUUCGAUGUCAAAUGUGUGGCAAAACAUUUUCGCGAUCGACAAUAUUGAAAGCCCACGAAAAAACACAUUUUCCCAAAUAUGCAAGAAAGUUUUUAUCGCCCAGUCCGGUCGAUACAAAGGAUGAAUUGCCGCAAUAGUGAAACGAUUUUAGUUUAUUAUUAAAUUACUACUAUUACUAUUAUCAUUAUUAUAAUAAUAAUAAUAACAACAGCAACAAUAAUAAUAAUUAUAAUAACUACAACAACAACAAUAAUAAUAAUAAUAAUAAUAAUAGUAAUAGUAGCAACAACAUUAACACCAAUAGCAACAAUACAAACAACAACAGCAGCAGCAGUAACAGCAACCACUUCAACAAUAUACCAGAUAAUAAUCUACAACAUUAUUACUGAUGAUCAAGAAUUAAUAAUGAUGAUCAUUUCAAAUAUAAACGAUCCCAAAACAAUAGAAAAAUAUCAGACAGAAAGUUUAAGUAUAUAACAACUACUACUACUAUUAUAUAAAUAUACAUAGAUACAUACAUAAUUACAUAAAUACAUAUUUAUAUAAAGAAGAUAUAUAAAGAAAAAAUAUGUAAAAACAAUUUAAGUAAAUUAUAUAUUAAAAUGUAUAUACAAAACUUACAACAACAACACACACACACAACAAUACUAUUAAAACAGAUUUCAGAAAAAAAGAAAUAUUUAAGAAUAGCUUCUCUAAGAAGAAACAAAACAUAUAAACCAAGAAAGAAAAACAAACACAAUUUAAAGAAAAAAAUAUUUAUUGAAGAAAAAAAAAACAAUCUAUUAUUUAAAAAUACAUUAGAUUGAGAACCCUGCUACCGGAUGUAUAAAAUACAUACAUACAUUUUUACAUACAUACAUAAAUACAUAUAAUAAAUAUAUAUAUUUAAAUAUACAUAUGAUAGAGAAAAACAAAACGGAAACUAAACAAAAAAUCAAUUACACUCAUAUUUUUUAUCACCGAAAUGCUGAAAAUAACUGAAUAAAACUAUUACAUUUUUAUUCAAUUCAAUAUGAUUUGUUUUGAAAUACAAAACAAUAUUGCCAAUCUUACUUUACAAACCGCAUAAAUACACUAAUAGUCAUUAAAUGAAAUAAAUAUUUACAUAAAAUUACAAUUUUAUCCAACUGCAAGAUUUAUAAAAUCUUCCAAAUUUCAUUUUCUUAAAGCCGGCAAUAUUGUAAAAUUUCUUUAAAUCCACAUCUCUAUAUCACAUUUUUUUUAUAUAAAUAUAAAUCUGAUUUUUACUAAAAAUUGGUAGAAAUCAUUUCAAAGAAAAACACUGUUAAAAUAAUAGGGUGUUUUUUUUACCAAAUGAAAUUGAAAAAAAAACUGCAAAAAAUAUGAAACAAGAAUUUAAUUAUUACAAACAAAUAACUAGGUCUUUAUACGAAUUAAACAAAACCUACAAACAAAACAGAAAAAAAAUAAAAUAGAAUGAAAAAGACUUACGGGAAAUUUAUACGUUUAAACUCAGAUUGAAACUGAAAAAAAAUAUUAACAGUUUUUCUUUUUUUUUAAAUAAAUACGUGUUAUUUUUUUAAUAAUAAAUUACAACGCGCAUUGCUUUCAAAUAGUAAACGAUCUCAUGUGAUGAUCCAUUUGUUUUUUUUAAUAUAAAGUUUGUUUGUUUAUUAUUAUUAUUUUUUUUUUAUAAAAAAAAAGAAAAUCAAAUCCUUACAAAUCCAAUUGGUUGUUACUAGAAAUACUGUUUUCAUUUUAAAUUACUUACAUUUCUGUUAAUUUAGUUUUUUCCUAAGACAAUAGUUAAAUUUUAUACAAUAGUAUCUUUUUUUGUUUUUUAAUUAACAAAAUAAAUACAACAUUCAUAGAAUUGGUGCUAUCCUACAGAUUUUAUAUAGACAAAAUAAACUACAAACUACAUAUAUUUAUUAUUAUACUCAAAUAUUAAAGUACAUACAACAAUACAUACAAACAAUCAAUAGACAGUUUUUUUUAUUACUAUUCUUCAUCGUUUAUAAAAUAUUGAUGAUGAAAAUUGAUAAAACUAAUCAAGUAAACAGCAACAAAACUAUUUUAACCUUAUGACCUGCAAAAAACCACACUCACACACACUUAAUCACUUACACACAAAGGAAAUAAAAUAAUAAAUACCUACAAUACUUUUCAGACAAACUAUAAUUUUGAUCAUUUUCGGAUAAUAUAUAUUUGGAGAUAUUAAAUGAGAGAAACAGCUAAAUAAUCAGGUGCUAGUUAAAAUACAUAUUGUUUACUUUACAUGCAACAACAUUUUAAGAAGAGUGUUACCAAUUAAGUACUUGCCAACUUUAAAUUGCAAGUACAUAAAUUAUAAUUGGCAACUCAGGGUUAACAAAUUCCGUACUAUUAUCCUUUUUUUUAGUAAUUUUUACAUGGAAAAAGUGUAAUAUAAUUUACAGCUUAUUUUAUAAACACCUAUCCCCUUUAACAAUAACAAACUUAAACUGAAGUUAGCAUUAACUAUAUGUGUUAAUUUUGAUUUAAAAAUUCUGUACUAUUGUACUUUUUUCAGUAAUUUUAUUAUUGAAGAAGUAUUAAACAAUAUAAUAGUAGUUGGCCUGAUUCAGAAACACGAUAGCAAAACUAAUUUAAAAAUUUUGUAUGAAAAUCACUCAGUUUUUUAAAUAAUUUUUGAGUGUUUUCAUACAAACAUUUUAAAAUUGUUUUCCUUUAAUGCUUCUGAAUCAGGGCUUUAAUCUGAAGUUAGCACUAACUACAUAUGAUAAUUUAAAAAUUUCAUAGUUAAAUUUUGAAUCUAAAUAAACUUCAUGGUCAAUUAAACCACAAGUUAUUGUCAGCAAAAUUGUUGUAAACAUAUUUGAGUGAGAACUUUAAAUAUUAAGGUUUCUGAUUAAGGCUAACUUCAAGUUAAAAGCUUAUUGUUUAAUAAUAUUAUCAUGAAUUCUUAACGACUUCAUAGCUGUUAUAUACAAUUUUUAGAAAUGGGAAACGUGACGGAAGUUUUGUAUAAAUCUACAAUCUAAUUCAAAUCAUAUUUAGUGCAGUUGGUCAAUUUUAUAUGAUUAUCGAAAGAUAGGAAAAAUUAAUUCAAAUUCCACUUCUAUUUGAAAUUUGACAAUCAGUAUCCACUUUGUUUUUUUUUUAAAAAACAUCAACAAACAGAAAAUUUCAAAUACUCUGAACUGGAUCUUAAAAUAUUUGAGUACUUUUUAUUUUAAAAAGUACUAUUUUGUUUUUAAGUUCAGUACAAUUUAAUCAUUCAGUACACUUUAAUCAUAACUUUGUCAUUCCGUUUGUAAUUUCUGGAUCGUUAUAGAUAUCGGAGUCGAAAUAGCCAUGUCCGUAUGUCUGUUGAAAUCAACUUUCUGUAGUCCUCAAAUAACUUACAUAUACAUAUAUAUGAUUCAUACAUCAAUAUAUCGGGCGUUCUCCCGGCUCGGUUUAUAAUUAAAAUCGAGACAAUCGGCCAAUAAAUGGCUGAGAUUUAAGGAAAAACCAGGACAACCUCGAUUUUUGUCCUAUUUUUUAUCUAUAUCUGGAUUACUAAGUCAAUAUAAAUAUCCAAUAAUAUAUAUUUCAAAGACCUUUGCAGAAUCUACUUUUGACUCCAUGCAGAUUCAAUUUUAAUGAUUUUUCUUGACAAGAAUUUAUUCAAAACCGUUUUCAAAGUGAACCAAAAUUAAGUUACUUUGAUCCAGGACGUUGACAAAAAGUGUUCUUCAAUGAAAUAUACUGACAAUUCUAUAAAAAAACACUCAGUUUUAAAAAUAUUUUCGAAUGAUUUAUUUCUAUAUAUUUCUUUCGAAAUAUAGAAAUUGUUAGUUAAAUUUAACUUUUAAAUAAAUUGAUCUAAAUCUUUAUUAAAUUUAUUUGCCAAUAUUUUGAUAAUAAUUUUAUCGCUUCCUUUGAAAGAGCUUAGAGUACUCGGCAACGCUACAUAACUUAAUAUUGAGCACAAGAUUUAGAAAAAAUUCAGUUAGAAUAAAAAAUAUUGUUGAGUUUUCUCACUGGCUAACAAAAUUCACACAGUACGGCUGCACUUUUAACAAAAUAGUUGGCAACACAAAGCAAUAGUUCAAAAAUUAAAAAGUUGGUAAUACUGUAUAAUAAUAAGUGUUGGCAACUAAUCGUAUUUCAACAGAAAUCAAGUUAUAAACAUGAACCAUAUGUUAAACUAAAUAAAAAAGCCAGCUGUAAUUUCAAGAUUUAGUUUUUCGAGAAAUUUUUGAAGAUUUGGGGGUUUUGAAAACUGUUAAAUUCAGUGUGAAAAAUCUCACUGAAAUAGAACAGUAUUUUAAAUUCAACUAAGUAUUAACAAAAAUAUGUUAUUUUAAAACAAACCUAGCACUAGCUCUCUCUUUAUUUAUGUCUCCAAAUAAAAAUUCUGAUACAAGUUUAUUUUUUUUUCAAAUAAAAAAAUUAACUUUUAAUAUUUCGUCUUUUUAAAUGCGUUAAAUUCUUGUUUUGGUUAACAACAAAAGCAACUAAAAAAAAACACAAACUUAUAACAACAACAAAAAAAUUCUCGUUUCGAUAAAAAAGCAGAAAAUUUUUUUUCUUUAUUUCAACUAAAAAUUAAAGCACUUUGCAAAUAAAAAUUUUGUAAAAAAAACAAAAAAAAAAUAUACACAAUAUCAGAAAAAACAUAAUUUUAUACAAUAAAAUUUUAAAAUGAAAACUGCAUGGAAAAUUAAGAUUAAACAAAAUUAUAAAUUAUUAAAAUAAACAAAACAAAAAAAAAAGAACAGUUAAAAUAGAAUAUCUGUGAUCUUAACGAUAUUUAUAUGAAAAAAUAAUAAAUAAAUGAAAAAAAAAUAAAAGAUUUAAUAAGUUUAUAAGCAUAUUAAGAAAUAAAUAAAAUAAUUAAAACAAAAAGUAUAUAUACUAUUG